AUGGGCGUGGCUUGGUCAGCACAACCAAUCAUAGACGGGCGGCGGGCGCGGGUGGGCGGGGCCGGCGGCCGGGCUGUGAAUGGGCGGCGGCGGCGGCGGCGCGGCGAGGCGCGAGCGGCGGCCUCACUUUCUCCCCAGCGCCGGGCGGGCGGCGGCGGCGGAGCGAGGCGCCUCCUUAGCCCGCGCGGCCACCGCCCGCCCGCGCGUCAGGCCGGCUCCGAGGCCGGAGCGGCGGCGGCGGCGGCGGCGGCCCCCUCCGUCGGCAUGGCCCGGGGCUGGCGGCGGCCCUGGCUGUGGGGGUCCCCGGCCGGCCCCGCGCGCUGCACGCAGCCCCCGCGUCCCGGGCAGCCCGCGGCGGGUGCGGCGGCGGGGAGGCCGCCCGCAAAGUUGAGCGCGGGCCGGCGGCGCGGAUGGUGGACGCUGCUGGCGCUGCAGCUGCACUUGCUCCGGGCGCUGGCGCAAGAUGAUGUCGUGCCCUACUUCAAGACGGAGCCAGGGCCCCCGCAGACGCACCUGGAAGGGAACCGGCUGGUGCUGACGUGCCUGGCAGAGGGCAGUUGGCCCCUGGAGUUCCAGUGGGCAUUCAAUGGCAGCGCACUCACCACCUACUCCAGCGAAUAUAGGUUCACUAUCCCAUCCCUACGGAGGCAAGACGCUGGCUUCUACCGCUGUGUGGUGCGCAGCAGGAUGGGCGCCCUCCUGCAGAAAAGAUCCGAAGUGCAAGUCGCAUAUAUGGGAGACUUCAUGGGUCCUGCACAGAAUAAGACCAUCUCCCUGGGCCAGGCCAUUGUGCUGGACUUGCCGCCCAUCGCCAGCUGCCCCAGGCCACAAGUGACGUGGUUCAGAGAUGGCCACAAGAUCAUCCCAAGCAGCAGAAUAGCCAUCACCCUGCAGAACCAACUGGUCAUCCUCGCGGCCACCGCCAGUGACGCAGGCGCCUACUAUGCACAGGCCGUGAAUGAGAGGAAUGGGGAGAACAAGACCAGCCCUGCCGUGGCCCUAAGCGUCACCGGAACAAGCACCCCCGAAACCAUGGCCCCGGUGAUCGUGGUGCCCCCGAGAAACUCCAGCGUGGUGACAGGAUCCAGUGAGGUGACCUUGGAGUGCAUCGCCAGUGCCAGGCCAGUGGAGGAGCUCAGCGUGCACUGGAGGAGAAAUGGAGUGCCAGUGACCCGCGGGCUGCACAGCCUGGGCAGGCGCCUGACCAUCAGCGGCCCCUCAGCAGCUGACAUGGGGCUGUACGAGUGCGAGGCGGCUCUGCCUGGGAGCUCAGUUGAGCCUGCACAGGCCCAGGCCUUCCUGUCGCUUAUAGAACCCCCAUAUUUCACCACUGAACCAGAAGAUCGGAUUUGGGCCAAAGUGGAAGACAACGUGGACAUUGCCUGCCGAGCAAUGGGUGUCCCCCUCCCAACACUGCAAUGGUUCAAGGAUGCUGUGGCCCUGGACCAACUCAGGAAUGCUCGCUACACAGUGCUUGCAAGUGGGCUCCUACGCAUCCAGCGACUACAGCCUGAGGAUUCCGGCAUCUUCCAGUGCUUCGCCAGCAAUGAGGGUGGGGAGGUGCAGACAUCUACCUACCUGGACGUCACCAACGUGGCGCCCUCCUUCACCCAGCUGCCCAUGGACACCACCGUGACUGAUGGGGCAACGGCCGUGCUGAGGUGCCAGGUCUCAGGGGCACCCAGACCUGCCAUCACGUGGAAGAGGGGAAACCACAUUCUGGCCAGCGGCUCUGUGAGGAUCCCCAGGUUCAUGCUGCUAGAGUCAGGGGGUCUACAGAUAACCCCCGUCUUCAUCCAGGAUGCUGGCAACUAUACUUGUUAUGCAGCCAACACAGAGGGCUCCCUGAAGGCGGCAGCAGCGCUCACUGUGUGGAACCGCACAUCCAUCGUGGACCCUCCUGAGGACCUGGUGGUGAUUAAGGGGACCACGGCUGCCCUGCGCUGCGGAGCCACGCAUGACCCCCGCAUCUCUCUCCGCUAUGUGUGGAAGAAGGAUGGGGUGGCCUUGAGCCCGGCCAGCAGCUCCCGUGUGGUGGUGGAGAAGGACGGGGCCCUCAUCAUCAGCCAGACCUGGUCGGGAGACAUCGGGGACUACACCUGCGAGAUUCUCUCCAAGGGAGGCAAUGACUCCAGGACAGCACGACUGGAAGUGAUAGAACUGCCCCACUCGCCGCAGAAUCUCCUGGCCAGGCUCAACUCCUCCCUCAGCCACACGGUGUUGCUGUCCUGGGUUCGCCCCUUCGAUGGCAACAGCCCGGUCCUGCACUACAUCGUGGAGCUGUCAGAGAACAACUCACCCUGGAAGGUGCACCUGUCCGAUGUGGGCCCUGAGACAACAGGUGUCACUGUACAUGGCCUGACUCCGGCUCGUACCUACCAGUUCCGGGUGUGCGCCGUGAACCGUGUGGGCAGAGGCCAGUAUAGCGCUGAGACCAGCAGACUGAUGCUGCCUGAGGAGCCACCCAGUGCCCCCCCAAAAAACAUCGUAGCCAGUGGCAGGACCAACCAGUCCAUCAUGGUGCAGUGGCAGCCACCCCCCGACACCGAGCACAAUGGAGUCCUACGGGGAUACAUUCUCAGGUAUCGCCUGGCCGGCCUGCCCGGGGAAUACCAGCAGCGGAACAUCAGCGGGGCCGAGGUCAACUACUGCCUGGUCACGGAGCUCAUUGUGUGGACUCAGUACGAGAUCCAGGUGGCUGCCUACAAUGGGGCUGGCCUGGGCGUCUUCAGCAGGGCUGUCACCGAGUACACGCUGCAGGGAGUGCCCACAGCGCCCCCGCAGAACGUGCAGGCCGAAGCCGUCAACUCUACUGCCAUUCGCUUCCUGUGGAAGCCACCACCUCAGCAGUUCAUCAACGGCAUCAACCAGGGCUACAAGCUCCUGGCCUGGCCUGAGGAUGUCCCAGAGGCGGUGACAGUGGUAGCCGUGGCCCCCGACCUGCACGGCCCGCAUCAUGGCUACAUCACACAGCUGAGGAAGUUCACUGCCUACCUCACCUCCGCACUGUGCUUCACCACGCCUGGGGAUGGGCCCCCCAGCCCCCCGCAGCUGGUGCGAACCCACGAGGACACGCCUGGAGCCGUGGGGCACCUGAGCUUCACUGAGAUCCUGGACACAUCACUCAAGGUCAGCUGGCAGGAGCCACAGGAGAAGAACGGGCUCAUCACAGGUUACCGGGUGUGCUGGGGCAUCUCCGGCCAGAACCAGACCCGCGUGUCCCGCACACUGGGCAACUCUACACAUGAGCUCCGUCUCCAGGGCCUGGCUGCACUCACCACCUAUGCCAUUGAGGUGGCUGCGCUGACAGCCAAGGGCCCCGGUCUGCCCGUCUCAUCCUUCAUCUCCUCAGGGGCACCCCCAGAACUGCCUGGGGCUCCCUCCAACCUGGUCAUCUCCAACAUCAGCCCCCGCUCUGUCACACUCCAGUUCCGGCCUGGCUACGAUGGAAAGACGGUCAUAUCCCGCUGGGUGGUGGAGGGACAGGUGGGUGCCAUUGGCGAGGAAGAGGAGUGGGUGACCCUGUAUGAGGUAGAGAAUGAGCCAGACGCACAGACGCUGGAGAUCCCAAACCUCACACCCUACACGCAGUACAGGUUCCGUCUGCAGCAGGUGAAUGUAGUGGGGCCCGGCCCCUUCAGCCCUGCCUCCCGGGUCAUCCAGACACUGCAGGCACCCCCUGAUGUGGCCCCCACUAGCGUCACUGUCCGCACAGCCAGUGAGACCAGCCUGCUGCUGCGAUGGGUGCCCCUGGCCGACUCACAGUACCACGGCCACCCCGAGUCAGUGGGCUACAGGGUCAAGUGCUGGCGUGUAGGACUGCCAGGCUCGGGGCUGGCACACGUGCUCGGGGGCCGGCUGGAGCGCGAAUUCACGGCCGAGGGGCUGGAGGAGUGGACUGAGUACGAGCUGCAGGUGCAGGCCUUCAACGCCGCAGGUGCCGGGCCCUGGAGUGAGGCCGUGCGUGGCCGCACUCGAGAAUCAGUGCCAUCAGCUGCCCCCGAGAAUGUAUCCGCUGUGGCCGUGAGCUCUACCCAGAUUCUGCUGACCUGGGCCUCAGUGCCUGAGAAGGACCAGAAUGGGCUCAUCCUGGGCUACAAGGUGCUGUUCCGGGCCCGGGAUCUUGACACCGAGCAGCACAGCCUGGUGGUGCAGGGCGACCUGACUCGUUCGGCACUGUUGGCUGGGCUGCGCAAAUUCGUGCUGUAUGAGUUACAGGUCCUGGCCUUCACCCGCAUUGGCAGUGGGGUGCCCAGCACACCCCUGGUUCUGGAGCGCACCCGGGACGAUGCCCCAGGCCCACCCGUGAGACUGGUGUUCCCUGAGGUCCGGCUCACUUCUGUGAGGAUUGUCUGGCAGCCCCCUGAGGAGCCCAACGGGGUGAUCCUGGGGUACCAGAUCGCCUACCGCCUGGCCAGUAGCAGCCCCCACACCUUCAUCACUGCUGAGGUGGGUGCCACCGUGCGGCAGUUCACGGCUGCUGAGCUGGUCCCAGAGUCAGCCUACAUCUUCCGGCUGUCAGCCAAGACACGGCAGGGCUGGGGCCAGGCGUUGGAGGCCACGGUCAUCACCACUGAGAAGAGAGAGCGCCCAGCACCGCCUCGGGAGCUGCAGGUGCCACAGGCCGAAGUGACAGCACGUAGCCUGCGCCUACAGUGGGUCCCGGGCAACGAUGGUGCCUCGCCCGUGCGCUUCUUCAGCCUACAGCUCCGGGAACUGCCCACUGGCACCUGGCGCACCUACCCGGCAUCCCUCGGCCAUGACGCUACAUCCUGCCAGGUCGAGAGGCUGCGGCCCUUCACAUCCUACAAGCUGCGCCUUCGAGCCACCAAUGACAUUGGGGACAGUGACUAUAGCGCCGAGACUGAGGCAGUGACCACGCUGCAGGAUGUGCCUGGAGAGCCUCCUGGGCUCGUGUCCGUGACCCCACACACCACGUCCUCAGUACUGGUCCAGUGGCAGCCUCCACGGGACGAGAGCCUGAAUGGGGUGCUGCAGGGUUACCGCAUCUACUACCGUGAGUUGGAGACGGAGACAGUAGCACCCGAUCACCGAGCACUACAGACGCCAUCAGCACUUCGAGCAGAGCUCCCAGCCCAGAGCAGCUUCCGGACAGUGAACAGCAGUUCAGCGCUGACCGCCUACGAGCUCACACAUCUGAAGAAGUACCGGCGCUACGAAGUGCUACUUACAGCCUACAACAUCGUCGGCGAGAGUCCAGCCAGCGCGCCUGUCGAGGUGUUUGUGGGCGAGGCGGCCCCUGCCAUGGCCCCUCAGAAUGUGGAGGUACAUCCGCUUACAGCCAGCCAACUGGAAGUGAUCUGGGAGCCGCCACCACCUGAGAGCCAGAACGGGGUCAUCCAAGGCUACAAGGUGUACUACUGGGAGGCAGACAGCGGCAACGCCACAGAGCGGAUGAAGGCGCAGUUCCUACCUGAGACAGUGCUGCGGCUCAAGGACCUGAGCAGCCACACACAGUACCUGGUGGCCAUAGCCGCCUUCAACGCCGCGGGCGAUGGGCCACGCAGCCAGCCUAGGGCAGGCCGCACCCACCAGGCAGCUCCAGGGCCCCCCGCUUUCCUGGCCUUCUCGGACAUCACCUCUACCACCCUCAACGUGUCCUGGGGGGAACCAGCUGCAGCCAAUGGAGUCCUCCGGGGCUAUCGGGUCGUCUAUGAGCCCCUGGAGCCUGUACAAGGGGUGAGCAAGGUGGUGACGGUGGAGGUGCGUGGGCCCCGGCAGCGCUGGCUCAAGGUGCGGGACCUCAGCGCGGGUGUCACCUACCUGUUCCGGGUGCAGGCGCGCACCAUCGCCCAUGGGCCUCAGCUGCAGGCCAAUGUCACAGCCGGCCCAGCCGAAGGCUCCCCAGGACCCCCGAGAGAUGUCUCAGCCACCAAGUCCUCUUCAGAAUUGACAGUGCGGUGGGCUGCAGGCCGUGCAGGCAGGACCCCCACCACAGGCUACGCCAUCGAAGUCCGGCCAUCCGAUGAAGGCCUGUGGGACACAUUCGUCAAGGAUCUGCCCCGCACUGCCAGCUCCUACACGGUGGGCCUGGACCGCCUCCGGCCGGGUGUCACCUAUGAGUUCCGGGUGCUAGGCGCCAACCAGGCCGGCUUUGGGGCACCCAGCAGCCCCUCCACUGCCGUGACAGCCCAAGCGGGCAGCGCCUUCUACGAGCAGUGGUGGUUUGCUCUGGUGCUGGCGCUCUCCAGCCUCCUGCUGCUGCUGCUGGUCGUCUUUGCCCUGGUCCUGCGCGGACACCGCAAGGACAGAAGCUGCAGCUCAGGGAAGAGUGUCCACAGGGAGGAACCACCCAUGCUGGACAACGGGGGCUUCGCCGCCCUGGAGCUCAGCAGCCGCCAUCUCACAGCCAGGAACACCUUCGCCAAGAAGAACGGGGCCAGGUCCCCUCCUCGGCCGAGCCCUGGUGGCCUGCACUACUCGGAUGAGGACCUGUGUCGCAAGUACAAUGGUACCAUCGCCGACGGCACCAGCCUCAGGGAGAAGCCACUGGAUGCAUCUGAGUCUGAGGCCACAGACUCGGACCCCGAGGACGCACCUCCGCAGCACUCCUUCGUCAACCACUACAUGAGCGACCCCAGCUACUGCAGUUCGUGGAAGCGCCGAGGUCCACACAGGUACGAGGCGGUGGCGGCAGAGGCAGGGACCCUGCGCGCGGUGGUGACCACGCAGAGUGCCGUGUUUGCACCCGCCCCGCCCAGCACCCGGACUCCACUCACUGGCUUCUCCUCCUUCGUGUGACGCCGGGACAUGGCUACACCGAGGCUCAGGGACCCGCCCCUGACGGGCCUUUCUGGAGAAGCUGCCUGAUGGGGCCCAGCCCAGCCUCUGGGCACUGGAGGGGCUUGAAGGGGGAACCAGGCCACCGCCUCUACCUCCUCUACCUGGACCCCCGUCCUGGGGCGCCUGUCAGGACUGAAGGGUCAAAGUGCACUCCGUGCUGACCCACCACAUCCCCUUCUGGAAGGUUCUCUCAGGCCUAGAAGUGGCCACCAGGGUCUGGGCAGCCAGCCUGGCCCCAGAGACGGGGACCCAAGAAGGUGAUGGCCAGCGUGGAGACGGACCCUGCGUUUUCCUUUCUUCCUUUAACUGAUAGGAUGGGGGCAAUGGAGCAGCCUUCCUUGGCACUGCUCCCCAAAAUCAACGGCCUCAGAUCGCCGUGUGCGCCGUUAAGAACCAGAGUAUUUUUUAAGCCUUUUUAUCUUUUUUUAAAUCUGUCACAUGAAAUGAAGAGUCUGCUGUCUCCAGGUGCCUUUUUUAUUCGUUGUUGAGCUUUGGAUGUGGGACAGGGCAACCCCAGAGGUAGCGCUGAGAGCACCCCUCUGUCCCACCUUGGAGCCCUCCACUUUUCCAACUGCCCAGCCUGGCCUACGUGCCACCUUAAUCGCCGUCCCAGGACCCAAGUCUGGUGUGUGAUGUGGCCAAGCGAACAGCAAAAAUGGGCUUUGAAAAGCUGAGACCGAGUUGUAGCUGUUUCUGCGGGGGGACCCAGGCCACACCCAGGUCUGGAUAUGACCCAGGAGCUAUUAUUGACACCCCCCAACAGUUCGAAACAGAAUGGGGGCCUGCCCUGUGACAGGGCAGCAUGCUGACACUGGGAUGUGGGGACCUUUCCCUGCACACCCGCUUCCCUCUCUGUCAGCAGAGGGGGAACAUUCUAGACCAAAAAUCCUAGAAGCUUGUCCAAAGCCACUUCUGCGGGAGACCAGCACCCUGUGACCCGGGGCCCCAGGAGCAGAGCUGUCCACACCAGGGACUGUAGGCCAUGGAGGAGAAACAGCCAGGCCACUCGUGACUUUGCUCCCAAAGCAGCUGAGGGAAAGUGAUGGGUGCAGCAUCUGCUGGGCCAUUGCUUGGGGGUGUCCCUAACAUGAGUCUCUUCAAGUCCCCAACUCUCCUCCAGGCACUGCUGUCCUUCAGGGUUUCAACCUGGGGCCCUGGGGCUCAGUGCCACUUCCCACCCACAGCAAAGGAGCCAGAGAAUGUUUCUAGAAGUUCCCAUCCUCCUCCCCCAGAGGGUCUUUCUAGAAGCUUCCAUUCUCUCCCCUAGAGCUACUUCCCACUCUCAGCGCUCGGCAGGGACGGGCUGGCUGUGACUGGGACCAAGAGCUGCAGGCGGGAUUGGGGGGGACCUGGGGUUGCCCAGAUAGGUGGGGUCAGGGUACCUCACCCAUGGGGAUGGCAUGCUGCUUGUGUGGGCUCCUCGCAUGUGUUCUUCACCCACUCUCACACCAGGGGGCACCGGGAACCCUGUACCCUCCCACUGUCCCAGUCCCCUGCCCCUGGCCUGGUGCAGGAAGCCCGUGGGGAGCGGCCGGGCAGGUUAAUAAAGCGCUGUUGGAUACUU